AUGGCUCCUUCUUCCAGGCACGCGCAGAACAUGGGGCAGAUCAUUGAGUAUAUUCCAGACCGCCUUUAUCUCGGUGCCUAUGUCCAUCCUCCCACGGCCGAUACCCUCUUCCCCGGUUCCGAAUCGCCAGUCGCAUCGAGGAAACGAUCGCAUAGAACAUUGGACUCUGCCUCCUCAUUGAGCAAUGGUCGUCAGGCGCCGUGUUACUUUACGGUUGAUGAUUCCCUUUUGUACAAUGCCUUUCAUCAUGACUUUGGCCCUCUUCACAUUGGUCACUUGUACCGAUUUGCCAUUCGAUUCCACGAUAUCCUAGGCGCCAAGGAGAACAAGGACCGGCCUGUGGUUUUCUGGAGCGCUGCUGACCCAAGAAGUCGUGCAAAUGCUGCCUGUAUGCUUGCUUGCUACAUGGUUCUCAUUCAAAAUUGGCCGCCGCAUUUGGCCCUGGCUCCCAUUGCCCAGGUUGACCCGCCUUUGAUGCCCUUCCGCGAUGCUGGUUACAGCCAAGCAGAUUAUGGUAUUACCGUGCAAGAUGUUGUGUAUGGAGUGUGGAAAGCCAAGGAGGAGAAAUGCAUCGAUCUGGACAACUUUGACCUUGAAAUGUACGAAAAGUUUGAGCGUGUGGAGCACGGUGACUUCAACUGGAUUACUCCUCACUUCCUGGCAUUUGCUUCUCCUCAACACACGCCCAUCGCCAAGCUUACAGAGGAUUCUGAGCUCUGGCCGUUGCUGCCCAGAGAUUUGGAUGCCGUCGAUGCUCACCCAACACUGCCACAGCCUUUCAAGAAUGUGUUGAAACACUUCUCCGAGAAGAACAUUGGUCUGGUGGUUCGACUGAACUCUCACUUGUACUCUCCGUCAUACUUUGAGGCGCUUGGUAUUCAGCACCUUGAUAUGAUCUUUGACGAUGGAACGUGCCCUCCCCUCACGACUGUCCGCAAGUUUAUCCGGCUAGCGCACGAGACCAUUACCGUCAAGAAAAAGGGCAUUGCAGUGCACUGCAAGGCUGGACUCGGCCGAACUGGUUGCCUCAUUGGCGCAUACUUGAUUUACAGACACGGCUUCACUGCCGAUGAGAUUAUUUCAUUUAUGCGCUUCAUGCGACCCGGUAUGGUUGUAGGUCCUCAGCAGCACUGGCUCCAUCUGAACCAGGGCACAUUCCGAGAGUGGUGGGUUGAGGAACGUGUUGAGCGUCGUCUGAGGAGAGAGAUGGCUGCCGCAAACCCUCCUCCGAGCACACCCAUCAGAGCUAUGCAAAAGACGAAUUUGCGCAAUGGACAAAUGUCCACCCCCCCGAACCGUAGCCCAUCGAAUCGCACUCCCCUCAGCGAAGUCGACCAGGACCGAAAGAACGGAGUACAAGAAGACUACCUGCCGGCUCCCACUCCAGGGCAACCUCGCAAGACGACACGAGCUGUCGAUCGUCACCAUCCCUAUCAGCGAUCAGGUGCAGCUCAUAGAACGAGCAUCGAGGAAGAGAAAGGCGUCGAGCACGAGACGGAAAUAAUGGCCAUGCAUCGCCAUUCACAAGGCACCGACUCAGACGAAGAGCUACACCUUCGAAUGCGUAGCCAUCGCAAGGCAUCCGCGUCACCUAGCCGAGGUGAGAGGGUCCGCGCAGUUAGCCAGACGACGUCUACCAUCUAUCUCAUCGAUAACGACGCCUCGCAAGAUGCGGAGAACAUUGGUUCCGGCCGACCAAAGACCGUGGAUCGUGUUGCUAGUACACCUAGCAUCAUGACCAAGGUUCGUGGUAGUAAGCGAGGUGGAUCUGAGUCUCCCCUGCGAGCCAAGGACUCAGCUGGAAUCCGAAAGACAAGCGGCCGUGUGGGCAGCUCCAGCAUGUCCGUAUCGGCAUCGGCUGCGUCUACGGCACGCAAAGUCUCAGGGUCGUCAUAG